AUGGCUGAAGCGCAGACCAUUCCGACCUUCAAGCUGGUCCUUGUUGGUGAUGGUGGUACCGGAAAGACCACCUUCGUCAAGCGCCAUUUGACCGGUGAAUUCGAGAAGAAGUACAUGGCCACCCUCGGCGUUGAGGUUCACCCUCUUGCCUUCACCACCAACUACGGUCAGAUCCAGUUCGACGUCUGGGAUACCGCCGGUCAGGAGAAGUUCGGUGGUCUCCGUGAUGGUUACUACAUCAACGGCCAAUGCGGCAUCAUCAUGUUUGACGUCACUUCCCGCAUCACCUACAAGAACGUUCCCAACUGGCACCGUGAUCUCACCCGUGUCUGCGAGAACAUCCCCAUCGUUCUCUGCGGCAACAAGGUCGAUGUCAAGGAGCGCAAGGUGAAGGCCAAGACCAUCACUUUCCACCGGAAAAAGAACCUCCAGUACUAUGAUAUUUCCGCCAAGUCUAACUACAACUUCGAGAAGCCCUUCCUCUGGCUCGCCCGCAAGCUUGUUGGCAACCCCGGCCUUGAGUUUGUCGCCGCCCCCGCGCUUGCCCCCGCUGAGGUCCAGGUCGAUCAGGCUCUCCUUGCCCAGUACGAGGCCGAGCUUAACCAGGCCGCCCACGAGCCCCUUCCCGACGAUGAUGAUGACCUUUGAGCGGCUCGAAUCAUUGGUGGCUUAGUCAAGCUCGAGGGGGGUGGUUCAGGAUGAUAACGCCGGUAAUGAAGAUAUCUACCAUACACAGAGGGCAGGCGGGCAGGCAUUGGGAUGGGAAGAGCGAAAUACGAUUCACGUAUGGUAGCGUUGAGAGACGUCGGUUCAGUAUUUGAGGAAGAAGAGCGGCGGUCAAAUAUUUCUUUUUGACGAUUGGUUUCAAUCAGGACCAACUCAACCGAAGUACGGAGGUAGAUCUGGGUUUUUUUUUCUGCAUUGCAGUUUGCUAGGUAGACCAAUUUGAGACAUCGUCUCGCAGGCAAUCAUUCUUUACCCCUC